UAAAGAUGAAAGGAUCUCUGUUUCCCCACCCAAGCCGACCUGGCGCUUUCUCAAGAUGGUUGAUUGCUGGAACAUCCCGAGGAUGUGCGCACUGGGCGCAAGGCCUGCAUGAGCGAAACUCCGAGUGACAGCUAAGGCCUCUUCUAAUACGCCUAGCCCCAUUCCCUCCUGCGCCUUUAGCUAGGUAGACUGGAUUCUGCCUUUAUAUUCUCCAUGUACCCAAGUCUCCCGCGAGUGGAUUCUUCCACAAAAGGCGUCAGCUAUCCAUCCGGCAUUGGACUCUUCUUCCUAUGCCAACUUUCACGCUUGCGGAACUAUACACCCUAAUCUUCAUUAUUGCUCAUUAAUUCAGAAACGAGUGGGAUUCAGAUUUUCCAAGAUGGCCGAUGUACCUUCCAAAUUCCCAGUCGAUUACAGUACCUGGCAGGAUGCAGUCAAGGCGCACGAUCUUGUUGGCAAGACAGUGCAUACGGCUGAGCUUGCGUCGGCCUCCAAAUUGGACUUCAGGCAAUUUUUGCUGCUGCGAGUCCUCUGGAAACCACAUCUUGGAAAUCGACUGUCUCGCUUGCCAUCAGUUUUGGAGCCAUAUUAUACCCAGGCCACAGCACUUCUCGCUAGAUCUCAAUCCUGGGCGAGCUAUUGUAAUAGCAUCGAAACCGGAGACAAUCCAGAGGGCAGCUUUGCAAUUGCACGGCAUUAUCAAGUCAAAGCGGCUAACAAUGGGAAGCGUAUGCGACCGGACAGCUUUGAUACUCCAGUUGCCAAGCGCACCCGCAGCCACACUAGAAGAAACCUGGAGGAAGAAUUCAGAAAUCUCCAAGUUGACAAGACACCAUCCAAAAUCCCCACUCCAGCGUUCCAAACGCCAGAUAGUGAGGAUUCGUCUGAUGAUGAUUCUGUUGUGGCAGACCCGAUGCCUCUACCCCCGACACCAGCUGCCCAGGUUCCUGAAGAACUCCAGAGGCUGAUGUUCCCCCCUACCAAGGAUGAGCAAAUUGUCAACACUGCUCUUGUCGUGUUUCUGAACGCUCUGACGAUUCAUUUCCCCUUGAUCGAGCGUUGUGACUGGACACUGCACAGAAAAGCCUUUGUUCCCCAAUUUGAGGAAGCCAAAUUCGAAUCCCGGACUGAUGGAUAUCUUGAUGACGGCAAGGGAAAUCCUUAUGCUCUGAUUGAGGUUAAACCUAUUAUCAGAGCGCUCACUAACCAAAGCCGGAUCCAAAUGCAAGAGGGUUCACAGAUGGCCAGCUGGAUCAAAAUUGAUAUUGAUGCUCAUUUGGAAAAGCUGCGAGUUCACGUUUCCCAAAAUCGGCAUGAGGUUUUCAUCACCAUUGCAGAGUACGACAAGGGCUAUGUGUCUUAUCUCCGAAAAAAGCCGGCCAAUAACGAACACCCGUCAUUCUUAACCAUGCAUCAAUAUGGCCCUUGGAACACUAACCAUGUCGGGGACAUGAAGAAGCUGGGCCCGAUUCUGCUUGCACUCACGCUCUACGCUGAGGAUGAGGUGCAGAAGGCUGAAGCAUCUUCAUCUGACUAGAUGGAUACUUACAAUAGUAGAUUGGUUUACUGAGGCAUCAUCGGUGUGCUGCAGGGCUUGGAAUAACGAGCUGAAUCAUGUCUCCUCCUGUUUGUCAUUCUGGUUAUGCUUUUUUUUGGGUUUCGGUUACCUUCUUCCUACCUCCGAGUUGGUCUCUUCUUUUCUAUCUACCGAGCGAAGCGGGGUAAACUUGUAUCCAGC